CAUGCCAAUUUGUGUGAAGGUACCACACGGGAGAGGAUUUUUGUUUUUGUUCUUCUUUCUUUCUGAAAGAAGUUAGGGCCUUCUUUUUCAUGCAGAAGUUAUCUGCUUUGAGUCCUCUGCACCACCACUCGCGUUGCCUUCUCUACCACGCAGAAGCACAAACGGAGUUCCUUCUCCGAUCAGUCGAGCCAGAUACAUGCAUCUCAUCGAUCAAGCAAUGCAGGACCCUCCAAUCUUUGAAAUCUGUCCACGCCUCAAUGCUCAGAUCACAUCUUCACCUAAACCUCUUCUUCUCCACCAACCUCGUUGCUCAAUACGCCUCUUUGGGCGCCAUGUCUUAUGCCUAUUCCCUCUUCUCUACCUCCCAAUCAUCAGACGUCUUCCUCUGGAAUGUAAUGAUCCGAGGCUUCGUCGACAAUGGCCUAUAUCGACGUUCCAUGCUUCUAUACAGAAAAAUGCGAGGGCUGGGCAUUCAACCUGACAAUUUUACAUUCCCUUUUGUUCUCAAGGCAUGUGGAUUUCUUAGGAAUCAUGAAGUCGGAGUUAUAGUUCAUGGUAAUCUGAUAGAACUUGGGUAUGAAUCAGAUGUCGUUGUUGGUAAUUCACUCAUUGCCAUGUAUGGUAAGUGUGAGCGUCUUGAUAUUUCUUGGCUAGUGUUUGAUAAAAUGCCUGAGAGAAAUAUUGUCUCUUGGAGUUCGAUGAUUGGUGCAUGUGCACAGAAUGCGCAUUACGAGGAAGGACUGUCAUUGUUCACACGGAUGUUGGAAGAGGGAAUCAGACCAAACAGGAUUGUUAUCUUAAAUGUGAUGGCAUGUGUAUACAGAGAAAACCAGGCUGAUGAUGUUUGUAGAGUUGUUAUAGAUAGCGGAUUUGAUUUGGAUGAGUCAGUCCAAAGUGCAGCAAUGGGGAUGUAUGCACGAUGUGGGAAAAUCGACAUUGCUCGAAGAUUCUUUGAUGGAAUCCUUGAGAAGGAUCUGGUGUCUUGGGCAUCCAUGAUUGAAGCAUACACGCAAGCUGAUUUGCCUCUCACAGCCUUAGAACUCUUUAAACAGAUGUUAUCACAAAGAAUUGUUCUUGAUUCUGUCACCCUUUUGAGUGUAAUUCGUGCUUGUUCAAAUUUAGCGUCUUUCCAGCAAGCACGUUUCAUUCACGGGUUUCUUAUUCGGAGCUUUUUCAAAACCCAAAUAGCACUUGAAACUGCUCUAAUCGACCUCUAUGUGAAAUGUGGAAGUUUGGUAUAUGCUAGAAACAUUUUUGAUAGGAUGCAGGAAAGAAAUAUAAUCUCGUGGAGCACCUUAAUUUCAGGAUAUGGAAUACAUGGCCAUGGCAAAGAAGCCCUCUAUUUAUUUGAUCAGAUGAAGGCCAUAAUAAAGCCAGACCAUAUCGCAUUUUUAGCAGUGCUGUCCGCCUGCAGUCAUGGUGGGUUGAUUGUGGAAGGAUGGGAGUGCUUCAAUUCCAUGAGUAGAGAUUUUAAGGUUACACCACGACCUGAGCAUUAUGCAUGCAUGGUUGACCUCUUGGGUCGAGCUGGGCGGCUAAGUGAAGCCCUUGACUUUAUUGAGAGAAUGCCUGCAAGGCCAGAUGCUGGUGUCUGGGGAGCACUUCUUGGAGCAUGUAGAAUACAUUUAAAUGUAGAACUAGCUGAGGUUGCUGCAAAAUCUUUAUUUGAGUUAGAUGCAGAGAACCCUGGACGGUACGUUCUCUUGUCCAAUAUUUACGCAUCCUCUGGCAAAAGAAACAAAGCCCAUAGGAUUAGAGAUCUGAUGAAACGAAGAGGGGUGAGGAAAAUUGCAGGCCACACAAUUAUAGAGAUUAAGAACAAGGUCUAUACAUUUGUGGCUGGGGAUCAGUCACACCCACAAACUAAUUUGAUCUAUUCAGAGUUGGAGAAUGUGAUAAAUAGGAUUCGACAAGAAGGGUACACCCCUGAUCUGAACUUUGUAUUGCAUGAUGUGGAGGAAGAGACGAAGGAGAAGAUGUUAUAUUUGCAUAGUGAGAAGCUGGCAAUUGUGUUUGGGCUAUUGAAUACAGGACCGGAUAGUGUCAUUAGAAUUAGGAAGAAUCUUAGAGUUUGUGGGGACUGUCAUACGGCUACCAAGUUUAUCUCUAAGGUUACAGGGAGGGAAAUCAUAGUGAGAGAUGCUCACAGAUUCCACCAUUUUAAUGAAGGUACAUGCUCUUGUGGGGAUUAUUGGUGAUUAUUAUUAUGGUCUGAUUUCUAGUGUUGUAAAUGGGUUUUUCCUGUAGUGAAGAAGAGAAUGCUGUUGACUAAGAUUAGGUGGGGAUUCGAACAAGCAUGACCAAUAAAUAUGUCAGGUAGUCUGGUGAAACCUCUCAUGCCUCCUAGGAUGCUGGCUGGUCAGGGUUCUCCUUGUUAAAGAUGCGAUGAGAUACAUUCAACAUGACCAACUUAUUAAGAGAUUUUUUUGUC